GCGACCACUAUACACAGCUACCAACUCCUAUCUGACCGACGUACCCCCGCUUCAACGUAAAGACAAUCUAAAGAUGAAGGCAAUCAUCCUUGCUAUCGCUCUGUGCCUUGCCGUUGCUUCUGUCCAGGGUUAUAUAGGCGGUUACUAUCACAACAGAUACUACACCCGUCCCUAUGGAAACAUGUACAACAACUAUUAUGACGAUGACUACUACAUGGGAGGCAUGGGUGGAUACAACUCCUACAGAAGUCCUUACUACAGAAGCUUUGGAUACAAUAGGAUGGGAGGAUUCUAUCCAGGAUCAUACCUUGGUGGGAGAUAUAAUUACUGAGGUUAAAACAGA